GCUCACUCUUUAACAACAAUAAGUAGUUAAGAGCAAGAGUUCCUCCAUUAAUUAGUUCCUUAACAUUCUAUCUAUCAAUUGAUCCGAAAAUGGCUACUGAUGAGAGAGCAGGGGCUGAAAUUGUAAGAGGAAAGGAAGCUUGUGAGCGAUUUUCGGCAGAGCUGAUGAAAGAGCUUGGAUUCCCUACUGGUGUCCUUCCCACGGGAGAGCUGGUGGAAUGCGGGAGGGUGAGAGCCACCGGUUUCGUGUGGUGGAAAUGCAAGGCUGCCUAUGAGCAUUUCAAUGUUGCAACCAACACCAAGAACAGCUAUGCCGCCGAGACCACGGCAUAUGUGGAGAAGGGGAGGAUGAAGAAGAUGACUGGUUGCAAGGCUAAGCAGAUGAUGUUGUGGGUUCCCAUAGCAGAAAUGUACAUUGAUGGCAACAAGAUCUCCUUCAAGUCAUCCAUGGGAGUCGGCAAGUCCUUCCCCAUCAUAUCUUUUAUGAAUGAAGAAGAAAAGAAGGCUUAUCUCCAGUAAAAAAUCGUAACUAGUGAAAUAUCAAUUCCAAGAUAUGAUAUGUAUUUAGUUCCUUUUCUAUGAGUCUUUGUAUCCCUGUAUCCUCUCUUCAUGACCAAAUUAUAUUUGAAUGUACUAGAUUAUUUAAAAACAGUGGCGCAGAUUACAUCUUUGUUUAUAUCAUUGAAUUCCACUUUUGAUUUUGUGCA